AUGAGAUCUAAAGUUUUGUUAGUUCUUGCGGUCUUUCUAGGUCUUGGAUCCCCGACCAAGCAUGAUAGGAAGAGUGGAAACUGGUGGCUGAGUCUAGGAUCCAACCAUUUAUUGGUUGGAUAUUGGCCCUCUGAAAUUUUUGCAAAUUUAACUUAUACGGACGAGGUGCACUGGGGUGGUGAGGUGGUAGAUUCACCUCGUUUUGGCAGACAGACGAUGAUAUGUAUGGGCUCUGGGCAUUUCCCAGUUGAAGGUUUUGGCAAAGCUAGUUACAGCCGAAGCCUGGGGAUCAUCGACAAGAACAACAUUCUCCAGCCGGCUCAAGAUGUAGAACUAAAAGCAACCACUCCAGAAUUUUACAACAUAAAAAACUUGUCUAGAGAUGGUGGAAAUGGUAAGCCGACUAUUUAG